GACACACAGCUUCAGCUGGAUGACGCGGCGAGGGUCGGGGAGGACCUGAAGGAGAACGUGGCCAUGGUGGAACGCAGGAACACCCUGCUGCAGUCAGAGCUGGAGGAGCUCCGGGGCCUGGUGGAACAGACCGAGAGGGCCCGGAAAUUGGCCGAGCAGGAGCUGAUCGAGGCCAGCGAGAGGGUCCAGCUUCUCCACUCACAGAACACCAGCCUCAUCAACCAGAAGAAGAAGAUGGAAGGUGACAUCUCCCAGCUGCAGACAGAGGUGGAGGAGGCCGUCCAGGAGUGCCGGAACGCCGAGGAGAAGGCCAAGAAGGCCAUCACCGACGCAGCCAUGAUGGCGGAGGAGCUGAAGAAGGAGCAGGACACGAGCGCGCACCUGGAGAGGAUGAAGAAGAACAUGGAGCAGACCAUCAAGGACCUGCAGCUGAGGUUGGACGAGGCCGAGCAGUUGGCCCUCAAGGGGGGCAAGAAGCAGCUGCAGAAGCUGGAGGGACGCGUGAAGGAGCUGGAGAACGAGCUGGAGACCGAGCAGAAGAGAAACGCCGAGAGCGUCAAGGGGCUGCGCAAGUCCGAGAGGCGCGUCAAGGAGCUCAGCUACCAGACGGAGGAGGACAAGAAGAACCUGCUGAGGCUGCAGGACCUGGUGGACAAACUGCAGAUGAAAGUCAAGGCCUACAAGAGACAGGCGGAGGAGGCGGUGGGUGAAUGGGACAGG